UACAUUAUACAUUAAGGGAGAGAAAUGGUUGAUUUUUCCCGCGGUGUUAUUGUUGCCCGAGGGCGAAGCCCGAGGGCCACAAGGCACCAAGGGAAAAACGCCAUUUCUCUCCAGCGGUGUAUAUACUAUUUUUUUCACUCGCGAGGAUGUUUACUUAUACUUUAAAUAUAGUCAAAGAUUUUUCAUUAGAACCCCUUUAAUCGUGUUAGUGGAGUAUUGAAACUGUAUCAUGGCAACAAGCCGGUAUUAGGGCACAAUAAUAAUCACGUUAGCAACCUCCAUGCCUUUGUCUAGACUUCCAUGCCAACCAAUAAACAAAUAUCGUGUUUUUGUGAAAACGUGCGUGGGUCUAAAUUAUGGAAUCUGCUAGUUUUUCCGAAGAACCUUUUGAGAUUACUGAAGCUGCUAACGCUACUGUUACCAAUUUACUGCCCGCGAGGUCCAAAAAAUUGUAUGAAGCAGCAUACCACAGUUUUAAAGAUUGGUGCCUACAAAAAAGUGUGAAGACUUUUUCCGAAAAUGUCAUGUUGGUUUAUUUUAGCGAAAAGGCUAAAAAUUAUAAGUGUUCCACGGUGUGGGCGCAAUAUUCUAUGAUGAGGUCUUGCAUGCUCAUAUAUGACAACAUCGAUAUCAGUAAAUUCCGCAAACUGGUAUCAUUUCUAAAAAGAAAUUCAGAUGGGUAUGCUCCCAAAAAAUCAAAGAUAUUAAACAGAGAAGAGGUGAAAACAUUUUUGUCUGAAGCUGACGAUGAUGCCCAUCUAAUGCGAAAGGUUGUGUUAAUCUUCGGAAUAAGUGGUGCAUGUCGCACUGACGAAUUAGUUAAUCUAACCACGCAUAACGUUAACGAUAUGGGAUCUUCCUUCAUAAUUACGUUACCAUUUACCAAAAACAAGACAUCUAGAACCUUCGUAAUAACAGGAAACAUAGAUGGUACAGAUUUUCUUCAUUUAAUUCGCAAGUACGCAGCACUAAGACCUGAAACAAUACAACAUCAACGAUUUUUCAUUUUUUACAAGAAUGGAAAAUGUACGACUCAGCCUGUUGGCAAGAAUACGCUUGGCAAAGUACCAUCAACGAUUGCAAGUUUCUUAAAGUUACCAAACCCCCAACUAUAUACGGGACACUGUCUGCGCCGAUCGUCCACUACCCUAUUAGCGGACGCGGGUGCUGAUAUUACCACUAUAAAGCGGCACGGUGGGUGGAAAUCUACAACUGUUGCGGAAAGUUAUAUUGAAAACUCUAUCGCCAAUCAAAUUAAUAUUGCUAAUCGGAUUAAUCAAGGGGAUAGUUGUAGUUCUAAUAUCUGCAAUGUCAUACCAGAAACCAGUUCUUCUGAUUCAAAUAUGUUGAUCAAUAAGGUACCACCAAUUAAUUUCUCAAAAUGCGAGAAUAUCACGUUUAAUUUAAAUAUAAACAAUGUACCUUUUUGAGUUGUGUUAAUAAAUGAUUAUAUAAGCAUCAGGGAGUUUUCAUUAUUAUUAUUUCCCUAGGGAAUAAUUUGCCAUUUCAGUCCCUAUUUUGUGGUCAUAGAA